AUGGUUUCCUCAACCCCACUGGGAACCGCAGAAAGUAGGUCGGCGGCAUACUUUGAAGCCAUACCGUGGUGCGCCGCGCGGUUGCGCUCCGCCUCGGACCCAGUGACCUACUGGCCGGUGCCGUGGGAUCGGGACGGCGCCACCAAGUUUGGUGAUCGAUUCUUUUCCACCACUCUGAGCACGGAACUCACUAUCCCUCACUUUGUUUUCUUUCAUGCGACUCCUGAUCCUUCAACGCCAGAAAAUGCACUCUUACCCGAACUCCAGGCAUUCCUGCACCUCGAGUCCGGAAUCGGAGGUUAUCCUGGCUACGCCCAUGGAGGUUUUGUAUGCACCGUGCUGGAUGAGAUUACCGGGCUCAUAUGCACCCUGAACCGGACCCGCGGUGCACUGUUUCGGGGUCCCGCAAUGACUGGCUACCUGAAUACACGGUUUUUGAAGCCUGUCAAGGCUCCUGGACUGGUGCUCGCCCGUGCCAGAAUCACAAAAUACGAAGGGCGCAAGGCUUGGGUCAGGGGCUGGCUGGAGGAUGAAACUGGGACGGUGCUGGCCGAAGGAGAGGCUGUUUUUAUCAACCUAAAGAAUCGGUUGUGA